UAUAUCCUCCAUAGCUUUCUAUCUCUCUGAUACACGAAGAAGUUCAUCAUUGUUUGCUUCCUUACGCAAAAACCUCCAGAAUCCUGUUUUUACAAAGAAACAGAGACUGUUGACUUUAGAGGUUAGAUCUCUAAAGAAAGAUGAAUCACGUACAAUCUGAACAGAGCUUCUACAUUGAGAGCGAAGAUGAAGACUAUAAAAAAGAUUCGGAUGAAGGAGAAGAAGAAGAAGAUGAUGAUCAAAGCCAUUCUGAUUCCUCCGAUGUUAAUGAUGAUAGUCAGAUAACUAAACCAAGCUCAUACUCUACAGCUUGGCCACAGAGUUACAGGCAGUCCAUUGAUCUUUACAGUAGUGUACCAUCUCCCAACAUCGGUUUUCUUGCGAAUAACUCGGUGACGAGAUUUGGAAGCUCUUUCUUGUCUUCUUCGUUGAUAAGGAGACAUACUCCAGAAUCUUUAGCUUCUGUUACAAAGCCUCUGCUCGAAGCAGAUGAACAAGCUCUACCACCACCACCAAAACACAGACUUAGCUCUCAUGGCUUGCUCUCUCCUGCUCCUUCUAGGAGAGGUUCAAUGCGGAAGGACGAGAAAGUAUCCAUGGUCUCUCAUGAGAUUCCAAUGGCCAGCAAUAGCUCAUAUGGACAAGCUGUUCUAAAUGGACUGAACGUUCUAUGUGGAGUUGGAAUACUAUCAACGCCUUAUGCUGCUAAAGAAGGAGGAUGGUUGGGACUAAUAAUACUGUUUAUAUAUGGUUUGCUUUCUUUCUACACUGGUAUACUCCUGCGUUACUGCCUUGACAGUGAGUCUGAUCUUGAGACCUAUCCUGACAUUGGCCAAGCUGCGUUUGGUACCACCGGACGUAUCUUUGUCUCGAUAGUACUAUACUUGGAGCUAUACGCGUGCUGUGUUGAAUAUAUAAUAUUGGAGAGUGAUAAUUUGACUUCAUUAUUUCCAAAUGCUGCCUUCGGUAUUGGAGGAUUUGAGUUAGAUGCACGCCAUCUAUUUGCAUUGCUAACCACUCUCGCUGUUCUCCCCACCGUCUGGCUCAGAGAUCUCAGUGUACUAAGUUAUAUCUCAGCUGGAGGGGUGAUUGCAUCGGUGCUAGUGGUUUUGUGUUUGUUUUGGAUUGGGUUGGUGGAUGAAGUUGGAAUCCACAGCAAAGGAACUACACUUAACUUGUCAACAUUACCAGUAGCUAUAGGGCUAUAUGGUUACUGCUACUCAGGACAUGCUGUUUUCCCCAAUAUUUAUACUUCUAUGGCAAAACCAACUCAAUACCCUGCUGUUCUCCUGACCUGCUUUGGUAUUUGUACUCUCAUGUAUGCCGGUGUUGCUGUUAUGGGUUAUACAAUGUUUGGAGAAGCAACAGAAUCACAGUUUACUCUCAACCUGCCUCAAGAUUUGGUUGCAACUAAGAUUGCUGUGUGGACUACUGUGGUGAACCCAUUUACAAAAUAUGCUUUGACCAUAUCUCCAGUAGCACUGAGUCUUGAGGAACUGAUACCAGAGAGACAUAACAAGUCACAUUGGUACGCCAUUGGCAUUAGAACCGCAUUGGUCUUCUCAACUCUGCUUGUCGGUCUUUCAAUCCCCUUCUUUGGUCUUGUCAUGUCAUUGAUUGGAUCCUUGUUGACAAUGCUCGUUACGCUAAUACUUCCACCAGUUUGUUUCUUGAGCAUUGUACGGGGAAAAGUUACCCGGACACAGAUGCUGCUGUGUGUCUUAAUCAUCAUAGUAGGAGCCAUAUCUUCCGUCGUUGGCUCAUAUUCAGCUCUCUCCAAGAUCAUUCAGAAACUGAGCAUGGGAACAUGA